CAUGACUUGUAAUUGAAGUGGACUCUCUAAAUGAACUCAAAGCUUCACUAUGAGGCAGGAGAACCACAUUACUUAACCCUUUGAGGGACAGCGGUCAAAAGAGUGGACAACCUGACUGUGUUAUCAGGUUACAAGUUGCAUGAAAAGGUUUUGUCAAGACAGGAGCACGCAGUUUAGACAACAGUAGCAUGGACUGUAAUUCGAGUAUAAUCGUUGAUCAUUAACGGGCAAAUAAAGUCAUUUUUAGCCACAGUACACCAUAUCCUCGCCGAUUUGUUUGCACACCCGCAAGUCACAGCUCUCUUCCCCGACACACACUGAGAGCUAUUUCUGAUCUCUUCUGUUUACGUUUUCACCGCUGCUAUUUUUUUUACAUUUUUUUUUAACGUCUGUCUUCGACGGUGUCCUUGCGACAUGCGAGGGUAAUGAUGUGUCUUUUCUCGCUACCUGCGUAUCAUAAUAAUGAGGGUUUGCGUGACAGUAUUUGCGGCACAGUGUCACACUGAAAGACCGGGCUGAAUUUACUGCUUUGGAUGUCGCGGUUUGCACUAAACGCUGGCAAAGUUUAGGAGAAAGAAUUAUAAUAAGCCGCUUGCACUUCUGUCAUUCAAAACGUAAUUAGUGUUAACUGUCAUGUGCCGGCAGAGGGCGUUAGGUGUAAAGAUUAUCAAACAACAAAGAUUCAAUGUAUUUAAACAAAAUAAUAAUAAAAACAUUGGUUGAAAUGGUCCAAAUCACAGCUUUGUGCGCUGCUCCACAAUAAUUAUAAAGGAACACGUGAGCGCCAAAGCGAGUCCCUUACCCAUAAUGCACCGCACGACUCGGAGAUUUGCAAGCGGUCUAUAUAUACAUCAAUGGUAAAUGUUCGUGUUUAUGAAAAAGAAGUACGGAGGGUUAUUUAUUUUAGCCACAAAAGCUAUAUGGAACAACAACAACAGAAAUUACAUUGAAAUUAGCCAUUCUUUAAUCAUAUUAUUAUUAAUUGUUUGUUUGUUUAUUUUUUUGUUGUUGUGCUGUUUUUACCGUUCAGUAUCUGUUUAGGAUUUGUUCCAAAAAGGAAAAUGGCUAUUAAAGAAAAGAUGGAUUGCCUCUGCCAGGAAGCUUCAGCUCACUUCAAUCUAACAAAGCAACAAUGCCUUCUUUUAAAAUGCAUUACAGUUUUCUAUCAUCUUCUUUCAUUCUGUGGCCAGCUUUCCCUGUUUUGUUUUUUUUUAAUUUAACUUGAAGUUCUCUGUAGUCUCACCUUGUCCAAAUAUUCUGUUAAUUAUAGAUAAAAGUUUUCAUCAUUGUACGAAAAA